UCAAAAAUGAUUCUGAUUAUAGUAUGACUGCUGUUGCUGUUCGUGUCGUUAAAACUCUAAAAUACUUGAAAGUUAAAUAAUAGUAAGAAAUUGUUUGCAAACAUCUUUGCAUCUUUGUUAACUUAACGCUUACGUCAAUGGACGCAAUCAGCUUAUUAACACCUAAUAACACAUUAUGUACCCAACCCCAUGUUGGUGUAGUUAAUGCCAUGGUUAAUGUACUAAUGCAAGCAUUAUUAGCAGCACAAUGUCAGAUAGCAACUGAUAGUUAUUGGCCGAUGGAUUAUGGCGAUGAAGCCUUGAAUAAAGGUGUCGAAAAAUAUGAUUUUGUGGUGAUAGGAGCGGGAUCGGCGGGUUCUGUGAUCGCCAGUCGCUUAAGUGAGAAUCCUAAUUGGCGUAUUUUAGUCCUGGAAGCGGGAGGAAAUCCUCCCAUCGAAUCAGAAAUACCCAGGCUGUUCUUUGGCGUGCAACAUUCGAAUUACACUUACAAUUACUUUUCGGAACGCAAUGAACGUUAUUGCUUGGCUACGAACGACGAACGUUGCUAUUGGCCGCGUGGCAAAUUUAUAGGCGGAUCAGGUGCCAUCAAUGCAAUGUUAUAUGUGCGUGGAAAUCGUCAAGAUUAUGAUCAGUGGUUAGCUGAAGGUAACCCUGGCUGGGGUUUCAAUGACGUUUGGCCGUAUUUUGAAAAGUCUAUAAGACCAACUGGCAAUUCAACUCAUCCGCAAGGAUAUGUGACCUUAAAUGAAUAUCCCGUUUAUGAGAAAGAUCUUUACUCAACUAUCUAUAACGGCGCUGAAGAAUUGGGUGUACCGAAAGUUGACGAUUUCGUUGAAGGUAGUUAUCUGGGUUACGCAACCGUGAAAUCGACCGUCAGUAAUGGUCAGCGUAUGAGCACCGGAAAAACUUAUUUGGGUAAAGUGAUGGACCGACCCAACUUGAAGGUUAUCAAAAAUGCUCAAGUUACUAAACUUCAUUUUGAUGAAAAUCAAAAACACGUUCUCUUAGUAGAGUAUAUGCUACGCGAUAAAUAUUUAAUGGGAGUUGAGGUAGGCAAAGAAGUUAUUUUAUCUGCCGGUACAAUAGAUAGUGCUAAAUUACUUAUGCUUUCUGGUAUUGGUCCAAGAUCUCUUUUACAAUCGUUCGACAUACCUGUUAAGCAUGAUUUACCCAUAGGUGAAAAUCUGCAAGAUCACGUUUAUGUACCCGUUUUUUGGAGGGCAUAUGAAAAUCUUAGUGAAUCUUUGACAGAACUCCAUAUAUUGGAUAACAUUUAUCAAUAUUUAAUACAUAGACGUGGGCCUUUUAGCACAACUGGUACCGCUCCGUUAACAGCAUUUUUACAAACAGACGCUAACGAAAACUUCGAACCUUAUCCGAACCUUGAAAUACACCAUAUCACAGUGGUUCGGGGUGACUUUAUAGCUUUGGAUGUCUAUUUGAGAUGUAUACCAAUUGCCGAACGCUAUCGUCCUUACUUCCGGGCUAUAGUUGAAAAAUCCCAUCUCCUCGGUAUGUAUAUUACACUCGCCAAGCCUUUAUCUAAAGGUGUUUUAAAACUAAAAUCCUCUGAUUAUCGGGAUAAGCCCAUUAUCGAUGCUAAUUAUUUAUCGAGCCCAGAAGAAGUCGAUACGUUGCUAAAAGGCUUAGACUAUACAAUGCGCUUAGAAAAGACCAAUGCAUUUCGUAAAAGUCGCAGCGAAAUCGCUCAUAUUCCUAUAGAAGAAUGCGAUAAAUACGAAUUUAAAUCACGCGACUAUUGGAAAUGCUAUAUCAAAUAUUUCUCUACAACUCUUUAUCAUCAUGUGGGAACCGUGAAAAUGGCUCCAAAAACUGAUCCAACCGGUUGCGUUGAUCAUCAUUUAAAAUUGCAUGGCGUUGAUAACUUACGAGUAGUAGAUGCUUCCAUUAUGCCGAAGCUGCCCAGUUGUAAUACAAACGCUCCAACCAUAAUGAUUGCCGAACGUGCUACAGAUUUUAUCAAAACCGAAUGGGUUAAACAUGUUAAAGCCUAUGAUAAUCACAGCGACGAGUUGUAACAAAAAACAAAAAACAAAAAUCAUAAACAAAAACAAAUUUUUAUAUAACAUUAGUCAGAUACAGACCAUUCAUAAAACCUUUUAAUGAGUAUUUUGUGUGCAUUAAGUUUUCUUUUCUU